GCCUUCUUCAGCGGCCGCCUAGUCAUUAAAAAAAGGCUUCCCAUUCAAUAAUAAUACCAUGGGAUGCUCAAAGCGAAGCUCAAGCAGCCCCAAGAUCGUCCGACGAGCCGCAGAGAUCUCAUGGCGGCGGCGCUUUCACCUUCACCGCGGCGAUUCCCCCCCUCUCUCCGGAGCCCAUUCGUUGGCCCUGAUGAAAAGCUGAAUCAUUUCACACUAAAGUUUAAGAGUUCUGUGCAUAAAAGCCACUACCAGCCUAGAGCCAAGGCAAACUCCUGUGAUGUGAGAGUGGAAAUCCCAAAGCAAUGGUAUAAUCUUGUGGCGGACCUUUCUGUGAAACCUCCUCCACCUUUGCAUCCAAAGACUCAUAAGCCGCUCAAUCCUGAAGAUCUAUCUCCCCUUUUCCCAGAUGAAUUGAUUAAGCAGGAAGUGACUAAUGAACGAUUCAUCAGUAUCCCAGAUGAAGUUAUCGACGUAUUUAGACUUUGGCGUCCAACGCCUCUUAUUAGGGCUAAGAGACUUGAGAGAUUGCUAGAGACACCUGCUAGAAUCUACUACAAGUAUGAGGGUACCAGCCCGGCUGGAUCACAUAAACCAAACACUGCAGUUCCUCAAGCAUGGUAUAAUGCUAAGCAAGGAGUGAAAAAAGUUGUGACUGAAACUGGAGCUGGUCAAUGGGGUAGCUCUCUAGCCUUUGCCUGCAGCCUUUUUGGUCUUAAUUGCGAAGUCUGGCAGGUGCGUGCAUCAUAUGAUCAAAAACCUUAUAGGAGACUAAUGAUGCAAACAUGGGGGGCCAAAGUUCACCCAUCUCCUUCCACAGUAACCAAUUGUGGAAAGAAAAUUCUCGAGUCAGAUCCUUCAAGCCCUGGAAGCUUAGGAAUAGCAAUUUCAGAAGCUGUAGAGGUGGCAGCAACGAAUGUUGACACUAAGUACUGUCUGGGGAGUGUUCUGAACCAUGUUUUGCUACACCAAACAGUCAUUGGCGAGGAGUGUCUCAAACAAUUGGAAGCAAUAAAUGAAACACCAGACAUUAUAAUUGGUUGCACUGGUGGUGGAUCUAAUUUUGGAGGAUUGGCUUUCCCUUUUAUUCGUGAGAAGCUCAAAGGGAGAAUGAGCCCAAUUUUUAGAGCUGUAGAACCCACGGCAUGCCCAUCACUUACUAAGGGCAUUUAUGCCUAUGAUUAUGGUGAUACAGCAGGGAUGACUCCUCUGAUGAAGAUGCACACCCUAGGGCAUGGCUUUGUUCCUGAUCCUAUACAUGCUGGUGGCCUUCGCUACCAUGGGAUGGCCCCACUAAUUUCACAUGUUUAUGAGUUGGGUUUUAUGGAAGCUGUUGCAAUACCUCAAACUGAAUGUUUCCAAGCUGCUGUACAAUUUGCUCGCACAGAGGGUCUGAUUCCAGCUCCAGAGCCGACUCACGCUAUUGCAGCAGCGAUUCGAGAAGCGCUAAAUUGCAAAGCGACUGGAGAAGAGAAAGUCAUUUUGAUGGCUAUGUGUGGUCACGGCCAUUUUGACCUUGCUGCUUAUGACAAAUAUUUACAUGGAGAUAUGAUUGAUCUAUCCUACUCAACUGAGAAGGUCCAAGCUUCUUUAGCUGCUGUUCCUCAAGUUGUGCCCUAAUAAAUGUCCAAAACUACACUCUACUAGGUUUUGUAGUUUAACCUUCAACAAUAAUGCUUCUGCUAUAAAUUGUUAGUUUCAUAUGGAUUUUGGCGGCAUUGAAUAAGCUGAGGAACUUUCUUCUAUAAAAUGAGAAUUUGGUUAGUCAAGACUUUUAUCAUCUUAUCUCAAAAUAAUAUUUUGUGCAUCGGCGUUAAUUCGGUGAGAUGCAUAUAUCGGAGUAUGUACCAUGAGUUGUUGUUGGAAACUAGAUAGACUCUGUGAUCUUGCACAUUUAGGAGUAUGUACCAUUGAGUUGUGGUUGGAA